UUGCUCCGCCUUAACAAUCUUUGGUAACGUAAUGUCUAAUAACGUAACGUAGACGGGCUCUGGUGGAAGUGAGACUAAAGCAAAGUGGGCACAUACAUACAUGUCAAAGACUAACAUUACUAGACUUGAUUUAUAUUCACACACAGUAAAACACAAGGUCUUAAUGUUAAGACCCACAUAGUCCACGACGAACUGCAAAUGUUCUUAAGUUGUCAUUGCAGUGUCAGUCAGCUAACAUCAAGCAACUAUAGAGAGCUACGUGCAGUUUAUAUCAAAUAAUGUCAAAGGCAGAGACUUCUUUAAUCAACUUGUCACUUUGGGAUAGUGGUAAAAGGAAAAUCCGCUACCUUUAUCUUGUAGAUAAAAAAUCUUUUUCAGUGACAAAGAAUGGUCCUGAUGAGACGCGGCUUAUUCCUCUAUUUCUGGGAGCUGACCUUUACUCUGAUACAGAUAUUCGUAUUGAGAACCAUCCUAGGUACCAUGCUAAGUUUGCUAAAAAGGGAUUGGCAACCAAGCUUGUGUUUUCAUCCGAGUACCGGCUCCACGGUUUACGGGUUCCCAGCGGAAUGAACAGUUUGUGGUUCUACAGCAUUCAGGGUAUCUUUCGUGUGGCCUUUGAAUUGUACAGCAAACAACAACAGCUGUCUAUCUUGGAGUCGUUUCAGGACUUGUGGAAAUCACGGUUAAAUGAUGAUCUAUUGAAAAUGACCUACCAGCUAACAGUGAGACUUGAUAGUCCACAUCCCCAGAACACUUUGUCAACAACAGAUCCAGACAGACAGACCUCUGGCGACCCACCAGAUCAGUGUGCUCGUUCCCCUCAGGGUGGUGCAGAACCAUUUGAACGCACACAGGACCCACCUGAGAGCACACCAUCAGAAGACCAUGACUACUGCUCGCCUAUUAAAGCAAUCAUCAGUGAAACCUCCAGCCAGCCGAGUCAGGUUUUGGAGACACUCAAACACUUGGAAAGCCAGCUUCAGUCAGUCCAAAGCAUCGGACCUGAUCAGAAGCUUAUCCUCCUUUCCUUUCUGAGACUGGCAGAGCGCUGCACUGAUGGUGGUGGGGCUUUGGAUGAGGAGUAUUUGGCUAAAGCUGUGCUCUCCCUGCUCCAGUUCCAGACACCCAGCUCCCUGUCCAUCUACUGCAGCCCAUUGCUCCAAGCGGUUGCAGGCUGGCUAGGCCGUUGUUUCCAUGCCGCCAACAGUUGCAUCAGCCAGCAGGUGGAGAGCUUCAAGGUUCGGCACAUAGAGCACAUUAGCGACCUUCCGCCAUCUGAAGAGCUGGCGGCUGAGUUGUUCCCUGAAGCCAUGCGGACAUUGCUUGUACACUGGAUGGGACUGAGCGAGGAGGCAGCGUUGUGGAAGAGGCACAGCGAGUUCCCCAUCCUGCUGCUCAUCCUAGAGUUUGCCAACCACAACCUCAUCACUGGCGUGGCCCAUGUACUAUACUCGAGCCUUAUCUGCAAGUAGUCCUCCACAUCAUUUACCGAGAUGAUGGAGAAUAUUUUUUAAGCAACAUGGCUUUUUUUUUAACGCAUAAGCGUAGAUCCAAACCCUCAUUAAAAUCCAGAAGUUGGAUUUGUUGUGACGGCAGUGUUGUCAAUAUUCUCACAUCCAAAAAUACAAUUAUACAUAGGUGUUCACCACAGUGAACGUUUUUCUACCUUAUUUUUGUACCUUUUUUGAAUGAUAUUGUAUGAACAUGAACCCAUUCUGUACUCAAUAAAUGUAUAUUUUUAUUAAUAA